AAGCGCAACAACAGAGAGACAGUUAUGGGUAAAAUGAACAGAACAUUUGCACUGAGAAGACAAGAAGUUAUUUUUGAUGCUCCCAUGAUCUGCAAUGUACAAGAGAGAUGGCCGGCUCUUUUUCAUCCAGCAGAGAUAAAUGCAGAGUUCAAGCGCAUCACAACCAUGCCUUUGCAGUCAAGGUUUCUGUCCCAGCUUGACUAUCUCUCUGAAAGUCUGCUAAAAGUGUUUGCAAAGAGAUCAGGGCAGCAGGGCAAAAAGCUAAAGGAUAUAGAUGCCAUGAUGACAGAUGACAUUGUUGCUUGUAGGGAGUCCCUAAUCAAAGGACUAUGCGUCUAUCUGAAUGAAAAUCCUGACAUCUUGGUGCAGGAGUACACGGACAUGACUGAGGCCACUGCACUGAGUGCCAUAGAGAAAACAACAGUGGGCAUCUAUGUCUCCAGAGACACACCAGGCAAUUACUCUUUUGAUGUUGGCAUCAUCAUCGAGGGUGUGGUGGUUCUUAAGGACCUGGAUAAUGUGGUCAUUGCAGUAGCCAUGCUUUUCGGACUGCUUUACUCUGUCAACAUGAGUUACCCAUCACAGCUCCGCUACACCUUUGAGGUGAUUCAGAAGGUGGUAAUGGGAUUGGAUGCAACUCUCAAGAAAAGCACAAAACUUUAAGACAAAACUACUCAUGUAAGCAAUGUUCACUGUUGCUGUGCACUCAAGGUGUUUAGCUCUCUCACUGGUUCUCAUGCAUUUUGGACGUUCAAUUUCCAAGACAAAUCAUUGUUGUGUACUUUGUAACUGCCUGUUUUGUUUUUUUCUUUUCCUUUUUGCUCUCUGUACAAGUUUUCUAAUUGGCAGCAUUUUUACAUUUUGGUUUAUUUGUUUUCGAAAGUGAAGAAAUGUAGUUGUUCAGCCUAAGUAGUCCCAUCAUGGCUGUGUGAAACAGCAUUUUAGGUUUAAUUCAGUUGGUGUAAGAUUGCUUUGAUGGUUUCAUGUGUUGAACCAAGAUGUCGCAGUAUGAUCAGUGCUGGACUUUUUGACAUUCACUGUAUCACUGUUAUUUCUGUGGCUCUUCAA